AUGUCGCUCACAACGUCGCUCCUCGAGCCUCCGUGUCCUAAAACAAAAAGUAGCAUAAUUGACGCGUUCUGGAAACCGUCCAGCAUCCCAGGCCCCCUUGUUAAUCCAAACAUCUCCGACGUGUACUGGAAAUUCUACCACAAAGAAUGUGAACGCGCGCUGCACGAUGGAGGCAGGCACGUCCUGGCCCGCACCCACCAAGACCUCGUCGACAUUGCCACACUCAUCCACGAGCAGCAAUCGCGCGAACACAUACGCCAGAAACUGCGCCAAAAACUGACCAGGACCCACGACAACGAAGAUGAGCUCGUGAACCGCGCGAUUGAUCUUACAGCAACCCUGCUGCUCAUGGUAGACUGCACGAACGUUGAAUACGGCUUCAGUGGGAACCAGCAACUCGAAUGGAAAACCGAUUCUCUGACGCAAUGUCUCGAGACCUAUUUCGGCACCAAGCCGGAACUCGGGCAUGAGGGCGUCAAGCUGCCGCGCAUCUUCAACGUGGGGAACCUCGACCGCAUCGCCGGCAUCGAGAUCGUGCCUACCGCGAACCUGCUUGACCAUCUGCGCCUCGUCGAUGACGAUACGCAGCUCUAUGUGUUCCACCACGCGGCGUUUCUCAAGAGGCAGGCAAACAGCGCACUGCUGCCGACAGGCCUGGUCGAGGAGACGCAGCGCACGCUCGCUCUACUGUUUCCACAAUCAGAUCCGAUGGUUCGGAAGUGGCAUCGCCAGCUAUCCGCAGAGUCUUGUGUCGACGACCAGUUGAUGUUUUGUGGGCAUUUGAAGACAGAUGAUCGGCAGAUUGAGAAGUUUGUGUUUUGGCACGACCGGUUGGUGGUGCUGAAACAGGUUUUCGAUGAGGCGACGCCGCGGAACUUAUCGCAGUGGUGGUAUGAUCGACGGAAUGGAGUGCAGUGGUAUACCUUCUGGGUUGCCAUAGUAGUAUUGACACUGACAUUGCUUUUUGGGUUCAUUCAGAGCGUCGAGGGGGCGCUGCAGGUUUACGCUUCAUUCAAGGGCGACAAGUGA